AUGUUACUUAUUUUCUGUAUCAGUCUUCUUGUAACAGCUAUACCAACACCAACCGGUGCUCAUCAAAGAGAUGAGAAUUUGGUCUCACUCAUCAUUGAAAAUUCUGAUUCUGGCCGUGUUAUUCCACCAACAAUACAUGGUGUUAUUCUGGAAACGAAUAUUAAUCGAGGCGAUGAUGGUGGUUUAUAUGCUGAACUUAUUUAUAAUCGUGCUUUUCAAGAAAAGGAUCGAUCAUUAGAUGGUUGGUCAACCUUUGGUGAAGCAUCAACAACUCUUACUAAAAAUCAUCCAUUACAUAGUACUCUGCCUGUUCAAUUGAGAUUUUCAAUCACGAUUCCAUCAUUUAGCACAUCUGGUAUUAGAAACGGAGGUUUCUAUGGUAUCAAUCUAACAGCUCAAAAUUAUACAACAAGUUUCUUUUAUCGAGCAUCGGCAGGUGCAUUUGUAUUCGGUGAUAAUUUAAAGGUUGGUUUUAGUGAUUCGACUGGUCAGACUGUUUAUGGCACGAAAAGUAUAGAUGUAUCUAGAGCGCCUAUUGAUCAAUGGUUUUAUUUCAAUUUUAAUAUCACGGUUUUUGAUGCUGCUCCAACUACAAAGAAUUUCUUCUUUAUUGAGUUUCCUGCGGCUAGUGAAGGUAAUUUCGAAUUUAAUUUAAUAUCAAGUUUUCCAUCGACAUUUAAAAAUCGACCAAAUGGUGCUCGAAAGGAUAUUGCACAGGCAUUUGCUGAUUUAAAACCUGGUUUUGUUCGACUUCCUGGUGGUAAUGAUCUUGAAGGUCCAUCGAUUCCUGAACGUUUUAUUUGGAAUAAUACAGUUGGUUUACUUGAAAAUCGACCUGGACGACGAGGAACAUGGACAGGUUAUAAUACAGAAGGUUUUGGAUUAUUAGAAUUAUUAACUUUUACUGAAGAUAUUGGUGCAACACCUAUUCUAGCAGUGUAUGCUGGUUAUUCAUUAGAUGGCAAAGCUGUACCAGAAGAUCAAUUACAACCUUAUAUUGAUGAAGUAAUCAAAGAAUUAGAUUUUCUUACUGCAUCAGCAGAUAAUAAUGAAAUGGGUGCUUUACGCAAACGUUUAGGUCGAAGUCAACCAUUUGAUAUUCGUUAUGUUGAAAUAGGUAAUGAAGAUUGGCUUGGUGCUGCUCCAAGUACCUAUGGUUAUCGAUGGUCAGCUUUUUAUAAAGCACUUUCUCAACGAUAUCCAAAGAUAACAUUUAUUGCAACAACAACUAAUAAUAUAAAAUCUCCACCAGCUGUUGAUGAUCAUGAUUAUCAAGUUCCAUUAUAUUUUAUAGAAAAUUUUCGUCGUUAUGAAAAUGUACCUCGAUCGGGUCCAAAAGUACUUGCUGGAGAAUUUGCAGUUAUUAAUGAUAAUGAUUCAUACAUAAAUGAUCCAUUUGGUCCUGGUCGACUAAGUUAUCCUUCAGUUAAAUCUGCGGUUGCUGAAUCGAUUUAUCGAAUUGGUUUUGAACGUAAUUCAGAUAUAAUUAUUGGUGGUUGUUAUGCUCCUGUUCUUCAAAAUGUUUACAAUACACAAUGGACACCAAAUUUAAUUGUUUUUAAUACAAGUUUUGUUGUUAAAACAACUUCAUAUCUUGCUCAAAAGAUUUUUGGUGAAAAUCUUGGUAAUCUGAUUCUUCAUUCUGUAGCUAUAGGUCCCACUAUGACACGUCAAUCAAUAAAACAAGGAGAAGAAGGUGAUGGUAAACUUGGUAAUCUUUAUUUUAUUGCUACAAAACAAACUAAUACGAAUACAUUAAUUGUUAAAUUAGCAAGUGUUGAUUCAAAGGAUAUUACUGUUACAACUCAAAUUGAAGGUUCAAUAACAUCAGCUACAGGUACUGCCUAUAUUUUAAGUGCUGGUUCAGGCGUUGAUCCUUCAAAAGUAUCGAAUACAAUUGAUAAUCCAAAUGCUGUAUCGAUCAUUACAAAAUCUGUUUCAACAGAAUUUGGAAGUUUUACAAUAACUAUUCCUUCAUGGAGUGUUGUUGUUAUUACUCUUCCUCUUUGA